AGUGGAGACUGUAGCCAGAGGGAGAGGAGGAGAUUACAGAAUCGAGCCAAAAAAAAAUCGAAGGAAUUAAUCUUGUGAAUUAUUUGCACUGAAGAUUUUUGUUCUCUCUCUCUCCCCCCCUUUCAUUUUCACACACUCCCCGUCCAUUCCCUGUUGAUUUUGUUUGGAUUUUUUUUUGUUGUUGUUGGGUUUGUUGCUGCUGUUGGGAAGAUGUCUGAGCUGGUUUGCGAGCUGCUGGGAGAGCGGCUGAUGGACCGGGAUCAGGCCGAGGUGGAGAGCUCUCCGCUGGGCUGUGACGGCCGCCUAGUCGCGCUGUACUUCGGCUGCAGCUGGAGCGCCUCUUGCAAGGAAUUCACCGCGGCGCUCGCCGAUUUCUACAGCCGCUUCAAGCAAGGCGAGAACGGCGACAAGCUGGAGGUGGUGUUCAUCAGCUCCGAGGAAGAGUACAAACCCUGGCAGGAGUUCGUCGGCCAGAUGCCUUGGCUGAUGCUGCCUUUCCAGGACAUGGAGAGGAAGAUAAAGCUGUGGAGUAAAUAUAAAGUGACCAACGUUCCAACAUUAAUUUUCAUAGAAGGCAGCACGGGAAGAAUCGUCAGCAGAAACGGCCACCUGAUUAUCCGGGAUGAUCCUCUAGGGUCCGAGUUUCCCUGGGGCUCCAAGUCCUUUGCCGAGGUGAUGGCUGGAUCACUGAUCAAGAACAAUGGGCAGGUAGUGGACAACAGUGCGCUGGAUGGCAGCUAUGUUGGCAUCUACUUCUCCGCACACUGGUGCCCCCCUUGCAGAAGCCUCACCCGGGUUCUCGUGGAGACGUAUCGAAAAAUCAAAGAGAUGGGACAGAAGUUUGAGAUUGUUUUUGUCAGCGCUGACAGGUCAGAAGAAUCUUUUAAACAGUAUUUUAACGAGAUGCCUUGGUUAGCUGUACCAUACACUGAUGAAGCCAGGAGGUCACGGCUCAACUGGAAUUUUGGCAUACAAGGCAUUCCGACUCUCCUUAUCCUGGACCAGGAGGGGAAGAUAGUCACACGCCAGGGGAGGCCAGCGGUGCUCAAUGACAUAGAUUGCAAAGAAUUUCCGUGGCAUCCAAAACCAGUAUUAGAGCUGACAGAGUCAAGUGCCUUACAGCUGAACGAGAGGCCAAGCCUUGUUCUGUUUGUAGAUUCUGAAGAAGAGGAAUUGGAACCAGCGAAGCAACUGAUUCAACCAAUCGCAGAAGAGAUUUUCUCGGAGUAUAAAGCAAAGGAUGAGGAUCCACCACUGCUGUUCUUCGUUGCAGGAGAGGGUGAGCGGCAACAACAGUGGGAGUUCUGGAAAAGAGCACGUCUACAGGAAUUUAACACUCCAUUCCCUUCAACGACUUCCAGAGGCACCAAUUGAGUGGAUUCCUUGAACCUGACCCAAGCUCCCAGUUCUCUGGAACAUGUAGGUUCAAUGUGUAGGGUGUGUCUUGCAAAGAUAAUAAAAUCUGACAGUCUGAUUCAAGUGGUAAAUAACAUUGAGGUCAUUCAGCCUUAAAGAUAAAUAUUUUUAUAAACUUCUCCGCAAAGUGGAUGUGGGUAGUCAGCUGCUGAACAUAGAGUUAGGAGUCGAGAGUGAAAAGUUCCUGGGAGUGACGAGCACCAGCAAUCUGUCCUGGUCCACCUAUGUUGACACUACAAUCAAGAAAGCCCAACAUGCUUCUACUUCCUCAGGAGGCUAAGGAAAUUCAGCGUGUCAGUAAAGACUCUCACAAAUUUGCACAGAAAGCAUCUUAUCCGGAUACAGCACAGUGUGGCAUGGCAACUGCUGUUUCCCAAGUCUGCAAGAAGCUACAGAGAGUUGUGAUCACAGCCCAGUCCAUCACACAAACCAACCAACCCAACCCCACCACCCACCCCCCAAUCCAUUGAUUCCAUCUAUACUUCCCAUUGCAUCAGGAAAACAACAAACAUAUUCAAAGACCACUCCCACCCCAGUUAUACUCUCUUCCACCCUCUUCCAUCAAGCAGAAGGUACAGAAGUUUGAACACACUCACCAACAGAUUCAAGACCAGCUUCUUCCCUGCUGUUAUCAGACUUAUGAAUGGGGACCUCUCAAACGUUAAAUGUUGAUCUCUCUUGCUCUGCAGCUAUAGAACUGUAUCCUGCACUCUGUUCUGUUACCCUGAUACACUUGUAUGGUAUAAUUUGCCUGUAAAGGACAUAAGACAACACUUUUCACUGUACUUCAGUACACGUGACAGUAACAAAUCAAAUCCAAUCAAAUCAUACAGCACAGGAGCAGGCCCUUCAGCCCAACUUGUCCAUGCUGACCAGGUUUCCUAAACUGAACUGGUCCCAUUUUCCUGCAUUUGGCCCAUAUCCCUCUAAACCUUUCCUAUCCACUUCCUAUCCUCUGGCAGCUCAUUCCACACAUGCACCAUCCUCUCUGUGAAGAAGUUGCCCUGCAGGUCCCUUCUUAAAUCUUUUCCCCACUCACCUUAAAUCUAUGCCCUCUAGUUUUGAACUCACCCACCUUAGGGAAAAGACCUUGACUAUUCACCUUAUCUAAGACCCUCAUGAUAUUAUAAACCUCUGUAAGGUCACCCCUCAACCUCCUACGCUCCAGGGGGAAAAAGUCCCAGCCUGUCCUUAUAACUCAAACCCUCCAGUCUCAGUAACAUCCUUGUAAAUCAUUUCGGAACCCUUUCUAGUUUAAUGAUAUCUUUCCUAUAGAUUGGCGACCAGAAUUGUACGCAGUAUUCCAAACGUGGCAUCCGCCAGUGUCUUGCACAGCCAGAAAUGAUGCCCACCUCCCAUACUCAAUGCUCCAAGUGUGCCAAGCAUUAGCUAAAGGGACAGCUCAUCCAAGCCUUUACUGCAUUUUCCAGUGACAAACAGCGAAAUGGAGCCUUUGUCUUCAGUUUUGAGUCUGACGUGACUCCAAGCAGGCAAAUUGCACAGUCACCGAUAGAGCCAGCUUGGUUUCUCGUCCAGCCUGAACAUUUCUAGAAUGCCAGCAGUGGAGGAACUUUCCAGCCAUGCAGGCGAAUAAGACAAUGCAGCCAGUUCCCCUGGACUUUCCCAGCUUGCUGAUGCACUCCCGACGGGGUUGGAGAAAUCCAGGACUGUACUCAAUUAAAAAGUCACACAGCAGAUUGAAUUCAUGCCCCCUCUCCCUCUGUGGCAUGAUGCACUCCAGUGAGAGUGAUAGCUAUCAAUGUUUAACCUGAGUGCUGGCCAUUUGUACGAUUGGGAAAGCCAGCACUUGGAAAUUUAGGAUCCAAGAGAGCUCAGAGCAGCUUAGAGACUUGCUGGAGUUCCCCGGGAUGCAUCUGUAACCUUGAAUCGAAGCCAGGAGCUUUUAAUUUUGAUUUUGUUGGAGCCUGUGGUGGUUGGAUCUGUGUGGCUAUGGGUGGGGGGUGGGGUUGUUGGGGGGGGCGGUCACUGAUUGCUGAGUGCCAUAGUGCAAGGGUCAGGCUCCCUCUUGAUGAUGCUGUAGAUCUCUGGUACACCACCGAGCGGCUCUCAUUGGCCCCCACCUGACCCUUGGAGUGACCGUACAGUGCGGUCAACACCACGAUCCAUGAGGACGGAGCUUGGUGAAAGCUGUGAACUUUGUCGAGACUUUGAAAGUGGGGGCAGGCGGAAGAAAUUGCAUUUACGUACCGCCUCCUCGCAGACUCGGUGGGGGCUAUCGCCAACAACAAGUACUCCAGAGGCGUAAUCGGACGUGAUGAAAGGCAGCAGCCGGUUAGCAGCACAGCAAGAUCCCACAAAACAGCGUUGUGGUCAG